ACAGAAUCUUGACCUACGUACUGCACACAUGUACCGAGACUGCUGCUACAGCCUUUGCAGCACCUUCAAUCAUCAUUGCCAUCACCGCCAGUGCCGUCCAUCGAGGAUUGAUAGAUCGUGUCUGGCUUUGAGAGCGAAGCGAUCUGCUAAUAGCGUGAUACUCGUCUCUUGGCACUCCCGUUGUGCAACGCUCGUUGCCGAGCUGCGGUUCUCGCAAGCAUACAGUCAAGCUUCAGAACUCUUCGUUCAAGCACCAGUGCUAAGCUCACAGUAUGGCGCCCUCCGAGAGAACGCCUCUAGCCUCGGGUCAGCCGGAGGAGCACCGCAACAGUGCUCUUCCGCUUCAUCGGCCUUCUUCCUAUCCAGCAGCGACAGGUGGUCACUCUGAAUCGCACUCUGCAAGCAGCCCAACGCUGCUCUCUUCCUUUAGAUGGUUGAUCUUCUCUAGCUGGCUCAACAUCCUCCUCGUCUUUGUUCCAUUGGGAUUCUUGGCCGAGAAACUUCAUUGGGGUGCUGCUACCAUCUUUACCCUCAACUUUUUGGCUAUCGUGCCCUUGGCAAAGCUGCUUGGAGAUGCCACGGAGCAAGCAUCCUUGAAGCUUGGACAGACGCUUGGAGGACUGCUGAAUGCCACUUUCGGAAAUGCCGUUGAGCUCAUCGUAGGAAUCGUCGCCUUGACUCAAGGUCAAUUGCGGAUUGUUCAAACGAGCCUGAUCGGGUCUAUCCUCAGCAACAUUCUCCUCGUCCUGGGCAUGAGCUUUGUUGCUGGAGGCAUCUACAAGGAUGAGAACUUGUUCCAGACUACCGCUGCCCAAGCUUCGGGCUCCAUCAUGACCCUCGGCACAGUCGCUGUGGCGCUCCCUGCCGCAUAUCAAAGCUCCAUCACCAUGCACACCCUCCUCGCAAAUGCGGGUCAAGGGGAGCCCAAAGGUCCGAACACAGACCCUGAGCAGGGCCUAUUGUUCAUUUCGCGCGGAACGAGCAUCAUUCUGUUGGUCAUCUAUGCCAUCUACCUGGUCUUCCAAUUGAAGACGCACGCCUACCUAUUUGAGGCUGACCAGAACAACGAGGACGAGGAAGAGGAGACGCCCAACAUGACGCCCAUUGCUGCAGUCAUCGGAUUGGGGCUGGUGACGGUCGUGACGAGCUUCAAUGCUGAUUACCUCGUGGGUGCGAUCGACGAAGUAGCGCAAGAGUACAAGAUCCCCAAAGCUUUCAUCGGAACCAUUCUGUUGCCCAUCGUUGGCAAUGCGGCGGAGCAUGUGACUUCUGUCUGGAUGGCUGCAAAGGACAGGUUGGAUCUUUCCCUCGCUGUUGCUCUGGGCUCCUCUAUCCAGAUCGCGAUUGGUCUCAUUCCUACCCUCGUGCUUGUCGGCUGGGCUAUCGAUCAACCUCUGACUCUCUACUUUCAAACGUUCGAGACCGUCGUGCUGAUUGCAAGCGUCGUGCUCGUCAACUCUCUCAUCCAAGAUGGACGCUCCAAUUACAUUGAAGGCGUCAUGCUGUGCGCGCUGUAUGCAGUCGCUGCCAUCUCAUUCUGGGUGGAACCUUGAAAGCUUCGGGGCAACCAAAACCGAAAAUCCGUGCCCGCUGUACAUAGGAAUCAAUCGUUUGGGCCGCAUGUCAAAAAAAUUCUCUGCUGUACAUAGUCUACCUCGUAGCCGAACUCGAUCGGCACAAGAACAAAAGAACAAGGUUGCAUUCGUUGUCAACUUUGAGAAACCGUCAUCAUCCAGACGAUGGCAAAUGACCGGAUGAACUGAAGGAGCAGCAAA